UAUUUUUCUACUGGGAAUAUUUCCUCAAUGCCCUCUAUCAUCUGAUAGUAGUAAUGGUCACUCAAGUUAUUGGUAAACAGAUCGAGACAUGUCGGGGUGGAGCCUAAGAGUAACAUGGCGGCGUAAACCUCGAGCAGCGCUCUCACCGCUAACCAUGAGCGGGCCCUGAAAAGGUCUUCCGUGGCAAAUAGCUAAGGGAGCACGGUAAAGACAAGAGGAAAACCAGGGGUUAAAUCACGGAAGGAGGAAAAGACAGGCGCAAGACCGCUAUAGACCGCUACAGAACGAUAUUUGGCAGAGACUCGCAAAUCCCCUCACCUUGUGUGACAUCCAGCAGCAGAUGCGGCGGUAUUAUCCGGCGGAGGUGCAUGAUCAGCGCGACCAGCGGAGACUCAGCGGUGCACGGUCAGCUGAUCAGCCGGAAGUCAACCGGCGGCCCUCGGAGGGAGUGGGCGGAGGGGAGAGACCCCUGCAAGGAACCUCCACAAAGCAGCUAUCGGGAGGAUUGUGAGCCAGUCGCGGAGCAAGUAAGGUAGCUGUGUCUGUGCAAGGGGGAGGGGUGAAGGUACGCGUGGAGGAUCCUGCCCAAAGGGAAGCAUAUCUCUGUCUGUUUGGAGGCCUAGUGAGGCCUGUGGAGCUAGUGGCGCAUUAUAUUAACAAAAAAAUAUAUAUAUAUAACGGCGACUAUGGGCAGGACACACAAGCAGAACCGCGAGGAGUUAGAGGGGAUCAAAGAGAAGAUAAAAAUGGUCUCCAAAAGCCCCCAACCCAGCCAGACAGAAAUAGCACCGCUCUUUAGUCGGAAAACAAAAGGUCAAGCAGACCCACUAAAGUUGGUACCGACCCGCAGUAACCGGGAAGAACAUACGGCAGGAGCGACUGGAGCCAUGAGAGUCCAAGGGGACUCAGAAAGCGAAGGUGAGGGGGACAGUGGAGAUAUAUAUGCGAAAAUUGCCAAUUUACCGACUAAAACUGAGAUUAGAGAAAUGCUACUUGAAGUGACAAUCCCGAUUAGGGAAGAUAUAAAAGGAAUUAAACAAGAUAUAGCUGAUCUAGCUGAAAGAACGGACGACCUGGAGGAUAAAGUAAGAGAACUACAGGCUAAUCAAAAGUCUAUAUAUGCAAAAAUACAAGAACAGGAAAAAAAGAUGGCGGACAUCUCGAGGAAGAUGGAGGACCAGGAAAACAGAAACAGGAGGAAAAAUAUAAGAAUCAGAGGGGUUCCAGAGUCAAUACAGAAUGAAGAUAUAAAGACUUUUUUGCAACAGAUCUUCAAUAACAUACUGAACAAGGACAAAGAUAAAGUGACAGAAAUACAGAUAGAAAGAGCACACAGAAUUCAGAAACCUAACAGGGUACCCCAAGACGAGCCUAGAGAUAUAUUAUGUUGUCUGAUGAGCUACGCUAUUAAGGAAGAAAUAUUGAGGAAAGCCAAAGAAGUGGACAAUAUUAUAUACGAAGAUAAUACCAUUAUAUUCUACCAAGAUUUGGCAAAAUCGACACUAUGGAAAAGAAAGGCACUGAAACCUGUUACAGAAGUAUUGAGGGAGAGAAAGAUCCUCUAUAGAUGGGGGUUUCCCUUCUCACUGAGAGUACAAAAAGAAGGGACUUGGGCAAUACUCCGCACCCCAUUGGACUUGGACAAUUUUCUCAAAAAAUUGGGACUACCAGAGAUUAAAUUAACGAAUUGGCCGGAAGAGAAUUACCAACACUGGGGUCUGAAUUGGAGCGACCAGAAGGAUUGGACAAAGAUUACAGAGUCAAGAAAAGUUUCACCUUUAAAGGCUAACUAAAGGAUAGAAUUGAGCAGGAAAUUAAAUGGCCAAACUUUUGUCUUUUCUCUUUUGUUUGCUUCCUUAUAUCUAUUCUCCUAAGGGCUUAUCCCUUCCUAUUUUUUUUUAGGUCCCUGACUAUUUUUGACCCGGACCCCCCCCCCUCCUUCCUCCCUCCCUCCCUUUUUUUUUUUCUUCCUUUUUUUUUUUUCUUCCUUUCUCUCUCCCCACUUUCCACCCUCUCCCCUCUUCUAUAAUCUGAGGACAUGUUGAGAAGACCAAGAAGCAAGCAAGAGCAAUGAACCUUAAAAAGUAUCCAAGGAGGAUGAAGACGGGUAUCGUAUGAACGCUUGAUGCUUGUUUGGCAAGCGGGUAGGACACACUGCAAAUUUUUGAAAAUUGCAUCAUCUGUGACAGCAGUUUGAAAGACUAGGAGCUGAUUAAAAGAUAUCUGAGGGCAGAUUUGGACCUAAAUGAGAGCAACUUCACAGAGUAUAUGCAUGCUGCAAUCAGAGUGAGCUGCAGAAGACAUGGGCCAAACCUUCAAGAGAAGGAGAAGUGCUUCAGACACGCCAAGACAAGCCAUCAGAGAAAGAGCUCUCAUACAAGCAUAUAGAGAACAAGUUUCCAUUGAGCCCUGACACCAAUGGCCCAACGUUGAAACAGUGGCAGGCAGUUUCAGAACUACAUGGAAAAUACUGCUAUGUCAGAUGGAGGAGGCAGCAGACAAAGAUCUGUAUGGAUGCCAUCAUUGCACAUUACAAGCAUGACAAGCCAACCUCCAGCCAAGUCCACAGCUACCUGAAGUGACAAGGGUGGUUUUAGCAUGUUCCAACUAUGGAGGAUAUCCUACACUGGGAGACCAUAGACCAGUCAAAAAGUGAUGACAAAGACAAAAAAAUUAAAAGUUUCAUCAACACUCAGCAGUGGCCAGGACUAGCUGUUGUGGAUGACCCAGACAAAAGGCAAAAAAUGGUGACCCUCCAGGAUUUAUUUUUUUUAAAAGGGUGACUAUAUUUGUGACUACAAUGGCCUGGUCAUUUCUGCAAAGGAGGGAGAACGGCUGAUGAGGUCGGUGGAGCAGGAUGAGAUGGGGUACCUAUAUUUAUUCUUGGACAGAGGGAAUAAAAGACUCUGCAUCAAUGCCCAGAAUGUGCCUUGCCCCUGCUACAGUGAACUACCGUCUACUUACGGGAGGAAAAUUAACCAUUCCCCUAAAAAAACAAACCUUAGACCCAUGGUCAAUUAUUCCACAAAUGACACUAGAAAAUCAUUCUCCGGGGAGGGGCAGAUCUACCCUAGAUUGAUGAGUAGAUCCUCCAAAGUUAAAACUUUGUGCAUGUGCACAAACUUUGCAACUUGCAGGACUUUGCACUUUUAAGUGUUGGCACACUAAUCAAGAAUCUGCAAAGGCGCCCCUGCCCCAAUUGCUACACAUACACUCAAUAUGUCAUUAUCCUUCAGGUGUUACUGUAAUAGCAGUAGGAACAGCAAUUGCCACUCUCUACACCAGCUGUGCCGACCUCUAAGUUUCUACACUGAAUGCUAAAACUGAAUUGUUUAAUUGUUGCUAAAAAUUUGUGUUUGCACUUUAAUUUUCAUGGAAUAAAUUUUGAUUAACAUGUUAUUUUUAAAUUUGUGGAGAAUGAGGAUAUCUGUAAUUUUUGAGCUAUUAACUGUUUCUGGAAAUAUCUAGGUAUUGGCAAUUCCAGUACACAGAGGCCUACACAGGCCCCUUGACACAGGUCUUGGCAUGUCCAGUACAGAGAGGCCAAGUCCAUAGCUAGGACCAUUGCUUGUGGGAAAUGCUAGGUCCUAUAUAAGCAGUAAGAUAGGCACUAAGAGGCCAUGGAAAUGGCAGGGCCUAUUGGAGCACUAUAAGAAAGGGCAACAUGCUUAUGACUCUAGGCUGGUCGCACGUUCCUGUGACAGGAAGAUACAUUCAGAUAUCUGACCUAUCAUUUUUGAUGGUACUUUCUGCGCCUACCAUGGUGACCACGGGUAACGAGGAAUCAGGGUUCGAUUCCAGAGAGGGAGCCUGAGAAACGGCUACCACAUCCAAGGAAGGCAGCAGGCGCGCAAAUUACCCACUCCCGACGCGGGGGGGUAGUGACGAAAAAUAACAAUACAGGACUCUUUCGAGGCCCUGUAAUUGGAAUGAGUACACUUUAAAUCCAUUAAUGAGGAUCUAUUGGAGGGCAAGUCUGGUGCCAGCAGCCGCGGAGAGCAGUUGGUUCUAAGUGAGCUCCUGAACUUCGGUUUUCAAAGCACCAUUUUCCCUGAAAUGAGUGGAAGUAGCCCUGGAAAGGUGAGGCCCUCUGGGGAUGAGAGCCCUGGGGGUCGGCCUAGCCAACAGCCGUUAUCCGAGGCUGGUUUUUCCCAGUCCCUGUCUACAUCUCAGGGGACUGAGGUAUCGUUCGACCCUGCCAAGAGUCCUGGGGAUGAGGGUUUUGCCCUAAGCCUGGCUAAGGGUCUAACCGUGUUGGAGUUUAAAAAGAAAAAAGAAAUUUCGAGGCUUAAAGCUUUAUUGAAGAGCAAUAUGGCUACAUGCUCCAGGCUUAAUAGCUUGGCUCGUCCCAAGAGAAGGGCUGAAAUUCAGCGUCGGCAACAGGAUCUCCGGGAUCUGAAGGCCGAGUUGGCCCUUCUCAGUGAGGGUGUAGGGGCGAUGCGGGAGCGUUAUGUCAAUGAAGAUCGAUUCCUUCUGCAAAGGAAGGGGGCAAAGAUAGACAAGUAAACAAAAGCAGACGCCGGUGAUGUGGUUCAGUCUGGAGAGGAGGCUGCAGGAGCCUGUUAGGAACCCAACGCAUUGGAAGACUUGUUGCCGGUGGGAGGACAGGAAGGUGGCCGGAGUCUUACAUCUUCACCUGGGUCGGUUUCGCUGGAGGGAUCAGGAAUGCUCCGUGAGAUCCGAGCUGUUGAGUCCCCGGAACAUCUGCGUGCCAACCUGAUGGUCUUUUCAGCUGAUGAGAUAGAGGCCAUCGAUCCUGGCGAUGUUGUCCCUAAGGGAAAGAAGGGUAAAGAGAAAAAAUUACAAAGCGGCAAGUUGGUGUUCGUCCGGGAGCCGAGCGGGAGUGGGGCUGAGGAGACGGCUACAUCCAAAAUGGCGUCCUCUCAGAAGGCUUUGGCGUCCUCGUGUAGGAUGAUGCAGUGCAGCGUGCGCCUCAACCCAGUAAAGCUUAGUACGGCUCAGUGGCGCUCCCGGGAAGAUCGCGGGCGGAUGACAUCGUCAGAGGAGGAGUUCCCGUCGUUACCGGAACCCGGAAGUGCGUCAGAGGAGACAAAAGGAGGAAGUCCGCGCCGGUCCCGUCCUUCAGUUGUUUGCAUCUGGAGUGAGGAGUUGCGGGGGAGUGGCAUGGAGUCCCCGCGAAGCAGGGCAGCCCAGCAGCAUGAGGGGAAGGGGGCUGAGUUUGGAAUGGAGAGCCCGAAGAUUUAUUCCGUGUCCGGGAGUCCUGUUAGUGUCCAUCUUAAGCCGUCGACUCUGCAGUUUCAGCCACAUAUCACCAUGGGCCCAGGAUUUCCUGCAGAGGCAUCUGGGACUGCUGUCUCGGGUACUGUAUCACUCUCGUCAGCUGUUCUUUCAGGUACCCCGCAGUCUAACAUUUCAAAUGUUUGCAUGCAAUCUGAUGAACCAACUCUUUUGUCUCCACUAGUGUCGGCUUCUGUUUCGGUUGUUUCUAAACAAUUAGUGAAUGUCUCUUCCCCCUCGGUUAUUGAGGGGGACCUGAAUGAUGUGUCUUCUGUCUCUAAUGAUAUAUCAUCUGGAUAAUUUACAGUGCCUGCUGCGCCCCAGCCUGUUGCUUCUGAGGUUUCUAUUUCUGCUGUUACUAUCUCCGCCUCUGUGGCCUCUGCUCCUGCAGCUCUUAAAUCUACUCCUGUGUCUGAGUCACGUAUGGAUGUUGAGGCAACUGGUGUGACCGCGGAUGGGCCCGAAAGUCCAGGUCCCUCUGGUACGGGGGGUAGUUAUGCGGGUGCUUUAAAAGGGUCAAUCAGGUCUAAGGGCCCCCAAGCCAAGGGUCCCCAGGUUAGGGGUGAAGCUCGUACUAAUGAGGGGCCCCCCAGAAGGGGUCGGGUGUACUCUUCUGAUCCCGGUAAAAGGAGGAAUGUUGUUAGGCUCCAAUGGAAGGGGGAGGGUCCAGCCCCAGGCACUGCAGAAGUAAUAGAUAAGAUUCUAGCCAUGGGGUUUGGGGCGGAGCACCUUAACUGCUUUGUACAUAAUACAGUAUUUCAGGAAUACACUAUUAGCUUUGUGCGACCGCAGGAGCUGGAUGAGUUCUGGGUCCUUUAUAGGCGGGGGGCAAAGGAGAAAUACUUUGUGGGGUUUGAGGCUGUGGCAAUUUCCAGACCAUCAGUGGUAGAGGUUAAUAUUAUUCUGGAAAACGAGUCUAUACCACCUGCCGACCUUAGGGUCUGGCUUAGUCGUUAUGGAAAGGUGAUGGGGGGAUCUUGAGAAAGAGCUGGGCUACAAGGGCAUCUGGAUGGGAGGGUGGAAGGUCAACGUACAGUUACACUCCCUGGGUCAUAUCACGCAGCACAUCCCUAAUUCCGCAUAUAUUGGUAAAGAUCUAAUUUGCUGUUCCUAUCCGGGCCAACCGCAUCAUUGUUGGAAGUGUGGGUCGACAAGGCACUUGAGCAUCAGCUGUGAUGUGCUUAAGUGUGCCAUGUGCCUUGGUGUAGGCCAUGUGGCUAAAGUCUGCCCACAGAGUAUAAGGUGUAUUCUGUGCGGAACGCUUGGCCAUGCUCAUGGCAACUGUCCCUCUUCGUGGCACAAGAACGAUGAGUUUCAAGCGCAGACUGGGGAUGUGCCUGUUGAGGGUGAGGAGGUUGGGAUCCAAGAUGUUCCUUCUGUGGCCAGGGGUUCCCCACCAUCUUCUUUACAUACCUUGGUAAAUGUGUCACUUGAUGAUGUUGUUGCUCCUGAUUUUUCUGUGGUUUCUCCUGUGCCUCCUGUUUCUCCUAUUCUUUCCUUUCCAGGGCCUUCCGUGUCCAGCCCUUUCCGGAGGAGCGGUAUUUGUAGGGGAGGUAAAGCAAGCCGGGGGCGGCAGGUGUCAGUCCAGGGUGGGUCCCCUCCUGGACCCACUGUGCUUGGGAUGAUUUCCUGUUCUGAGGGCGAGCAUGCGGAUAUUGUCGGAAAGAAAGAUCCUCCCGUUAAACGGAGCCGACCGCAACGCUCACGGAAGAAGACUCAGAGGAGUGAUGUCAUGUUGAGUGAGUGGGUCCAGGUGGGAGGUAAGGAUGGAUCUCCUGGGGUGGCACAGCCUUCCUCAGGGGCCCACUGUAUAUCCACUUCUAAUAAAUUUUCCCCUUUGUCCUGGGGUGAGAGGGUGGAGAGGGAGGAGGAGAUAGGUAUGGAGUUGGGGCGCAUGAAGGCCGAUGACUUUGAUGCGGACCUCAGCUCUGAUGGUAGUUCAGGGCUGGAAGACAUUAGUCUGGAGGAAGCUGAGCGCCUUCCCUUGGGUCUUUCGGCCAAAAGAGAAUGCUCUGAUGAUGACAGAAGGAUAAAGAAGAGGGCGGAAACUGCCACAUCUUAAACACUCUGUAAAUGGCUGUCCCCCCACCAAUUAACUAUUAAUGUUGCUAGUGUGAAGUCUGUAAGUGCAAGGAAUUCGGCCUUCUUUUUGCUCUCCCGAAUUGAGGCAGAUGUUUUAUUUUUGCAGGAGACCAGGCUCAACCAUCUCCCUGAGCUUCAUAGGGCUAAGAAGGAGUGGUUGUGCGGGCCUUCUUUUGGAGAGGCAGAGGAUGGAGGAGGCAGUGUGGAGGGUUUUGUGGCAGGGCUUUUGCUUCUACCCUCCAUGAGUCACCUUGCUUCCUUUCUGAUGUUUCUUAGGUGGUGGGCUAAAACUUUGCUUGCACCCCCUUCAGAUUUUCCAGCAGUAGUAUUUUUAUUAUUGAGCUCAUACUGUUUUAGGUGAGUAGCCCAAUCCUUUAUCCUUCUGUCUGAGUUAAAUUUUUCUUUUUAUUUUCUUGGUUCUAUUGGGUCUAAUAUAAUUAGUGCUAUUAUUAUUGCCUAUUCUUUUUUAUUAUGAUUUAUUGGUUGUGUGGUUAAAUGGAAAGCCUGUAAAAGAGGCUUUGUGUUGGUAUAUAGAAAAGAGUGUUCAACCUGGAAAAAUGUCUUUUAAGCUGAUAAGAGAAAGUGUUUGCCCAUAAAAGUGGCCAAUUGAAAGAAAAGCUUCUGUAUUAAACAGAAGUGGAAGGAGAGUUUGCAAAAUUGCCUUUGUUUCCUGGUAGAAUGAUGUUACGUUUAAAUAUUGCUUUUGGUUGGAUUCAAAAUCUUAUAUUUCCUAAUGCCCAUAAAAGCGGCAAAUUGAAAGGAGAUUUUUCAAAUGUAAAUAUGUAUAUAUGUAUAAAAGAUUACAUUGUUUUCUCUAUAUUCUUCUUCAUGAAUGUAAUGGGUUAAUGUUUAAAUUUGCUUUUGGGUGGUUUCAAUCUACUUUGAAAGGGUGUGGUUAUUUAAAUUUUCUCUUGUGAGUUUUUUGCUUCUGUGUUACAUUAUGCUUAAAUGUUUUUGCUUCUUUAAUGCUGUCUUUUGGCUUGGAAUGUAUAUGUUCAGCUUUGUAUAAAUUGUAAAUUUUGUCUCACUAUUGUGAAAUGUUUUUGUUAUGGGCUGGGUCCUGGGGAAGAAUAGACUUUGUUUGCAAUACCAAAUGCUUUGACUUUUCUUUUCUCUUCCUUGCAGUAUAUCAUUUGUCAAAUUUUUGUUGAUUGCUUUAAAGUAUAUUUGUUCUGGAUGUAUUGUUUAUUUGAAGCAAGUUAUCAAUAAAAAUAUUUCCUCUGUACUAA